AUGACACACGAUCUUGCGUCCAGUCCUCCCCAAAUAUUCAAACUUCUUCUUAUCGGUGAUUCAUGUGUAGGCAAAACAUCUUUACUCAUUCGUUUCAAAGAUGGCAUCUUUCUGAAAGGCAGUUACAUUUCUACUGUGGGCAUUGAUUAUAAGACAAAAACAAUCAAGGCCAAUAAUCAAUUAGUCCGAUUACAAAUAUGGGAUACAGCAGGACAAGAGAAGUUUCGCAGUCUAACAAAAUCUUAUUAUCGUGAUACAAGUGCUGUUCUACUUGUAUACGAUAUAUGUAAAAAGGAUUCCUUUAUUCACAUAAAGUCAUGGAUGAGUGAAAUCAGUGCCAAUCUACAAUCAGGUAGUACACUGCUUGUAAUAGUAGCGAAUAAAAUAGAUGAAGAGAAAGGAAGAGUAAUCUCUAGAAAAGAAGGUGAACGUUUAGCAAAAGAAACGGAUGCUUUGUUCUGGGAAACUAGCGCUAAAACAGGUGCGAAUGUUGAGUCAAUGUUCCAUAAUAUAGCCGAGGUAACUGAAUAUUUCUUCCUGAUAGAAGGGAUUUUAUACACACUAACUUCCAAUCAACCACAUCAUGUACAACCUUCUGAUAUGUAA